UUUUCACUUUUUACCACAAAAGUAGUCACAACAGAUUCUAAUGAACUACAAUUACCAGAGUGAAUUGCGGGUCAUGCUUGUCCGACUGUGUCGCUGAGGAGGCAUGUUGUGAACCGUAUAUACUACUGCUUUUGUUAGGUGUGUAUGUAAAACUGCAUUGUUAAACAUGCCUAUGAAAGGAAGGUACCCUAUUAGGAGGACCUUGGAAUACCUUCAGAAAGGGGAUAUUGUGUUUAAGAACACAGUGAAGAUCAUGACAGUCAAUUACAACACACAUGGGGAACUGAGCGACGGGGCAAGAAAGUUUGUUUUUUUCAACAUCCCUCAGAUCCAGUAUAAAAACCCCUGGGUUCAGGUUAUGAUGUUUAAGAACCUGACUCCAGCACCUUUUUUAAAGUUUUACCUAGAUGAUGGUGAUCAGGUUUUGGUGGAUGCUGAAGGCAAGGACCACAAAGAUAUAUCUCAGCAUGUGAAAAAGAUUCUUGGAAAAAGCGAAGAGGUUCUCCAAGCAGAGGAGCUGGCCCGAAUGGUGCACUCGAACCCGGCCAACUUCGGUCCGAAGAAGUACUGUCUGAGAGAAUGUAUGUGUGAAGUGGAAGGCCAGGUCCCCUGUCCCGGCCUCAUCCCCUUACCAAACGAGAUGAGAGGCAAAUACAAAUCACAGAUGAAAGGCACUGAGGUCUGAUCAGAUAGCUUGGACUCUUGUAAAUACUUUACCGCAUCUUGCUUCACCCUUAUUAAAUAUUUUUUUUGUAACAAAAUGGUUAU